AUGGAAACGCCAUCUCUGAUGCGUCUCGCUACGGUCCAGGUCCCCACAGCAGAACAACUUGACACUGUCAAUGGUUUGGAUGAGUCAACAGUGAACGCGAUUUGGGCCCACUUCGUCCCCAUCAAAACAGGCGUCUUAAACAAGCAAGACGUUCAAGAAUAUCUGUCGUUUUAUUUCAGGACAUUGUGGCACUUUAAGCCAGUCAUCCCACGACACUACCGAGACAGAUCAAAAGACGUUCUUUUGAUUGACAGAGAACCUCUUCUCACCAUCACGUUGCUUGUCCUCGCAUCAAGAUGGCAUCCGUUGGCCGGUCCCCAUGGCGAGAUUCGAUCCGAGCGUAUCCAUUGGCAGUUGUGGAAAUAUCUUCAGACAUAUUUGAACACUGUUCUCUGGGGAUCUAACUGCACAAGGUCUUUGGGAACGAUAGCAUCACUGUUGCUCGUAAUCGAGUGGCAUUCAAAAGCCACCAACAACCUUUCCCAAUUAUGCGAAGAUCUCGAGGACGGCGUAACUCGUCGGCCUCGAGCAGGUCUCCGAGGAAUAGAGCAGACCACAAAGCUACCAUCAGCAGGCCAGCACAGCUAUGAAGCGGCGAGUGCUCUAGAGAGGCUCAAUAUCCUAUCUGCUGCGCAUCGGAGUAGUAAAAUGUCAUGGACCCUUCUUUCGGUAGCGAUCUCCCUGGCACAUGAAGGCCGAUGUUUUGAGAAUCCUCUACAGCACAAAUCUUCGGCAUGUUCAGAAACCGAGAAGGCCGAACAGGAAUGGACGAAACUGCUCUGUGUGUUUCUGUUUAUGGCGGACGAGAACCUGGCUUUACGGCUUGGGAGAGAGCCUCUGUUGAGCGAAAGUGCGCGGCAAACGGUCAUGACUCGUCUCUCGGCUUCUUUUGCAAGCUGUCUCGAUGAUAGUUUCAUCUGGGAAAGCACGCUGGAGUUGUAUAUUGAACAUCGGAAAGCCAGACAAUCGAUUCAGGCUUUAGCCACAGGUCGACCAGGAUCGGAAUAUGAGUCGCCCAAUGUUCUGCCAACACUUGAACACAUACAGAGAAAUCUGGCACGAUGGCGGCGUCGACAUAAGACUGGAAUCGAAGGCUCAAGCUCGACACUGCACCAUUUGCUGGACAUUGAGUAUCGGUACUCGCUGUUGUACAGUUUCUCUCCUGCGCUGGCAUUCUGGCGGCACCAUGAAGCCAAUCGCCAUCCGCAAGAUCAAGCGACAGGAGGGAACGCCCAUCUAUACUCACAGUUCGCUCAUGUCACCAAGCAGGCUAGUCAAGAGCUGUUGUCUAUUGUGGUGUAUUCAUUGGAACCAUUGAACCUCUUGCGGUAUGCUCCAGUACGGUUUUGGGCAUACAUUAUUCCAACAAGUCUAUAUUUGAUCAAAGCAUCGCUCAUCCUGCCAACACGACCGGGCGAGAUACUGGAGAACACGAAGUUGCUCCACGCGCUCGUGGGAGCCGCGAAGAGAUCUUCCCCCGACGACCUCCAUAUCUCAGUAAGCUUCUCACAGAGCCUUGAAGCGCUCUUGAGAGUAACAUUGGACCUUUGUCCCGAUGACUCGAGCACAGGUCUGCCACAGACAGGACAACAAUCAGGGAACACAAUUCCAUCUUCGUCAAGUCUUGGAGAAGAUGAAAAUGCAAACCUGUUGAUGUUUAACCAGUUCCAGGCAUUAGAGAGAAUGGACUUUGGUAGUUUUGACUUCCUCGGAAACUCUGAGGCUUGGUUUGCUGCGUCUGACUUGAUAUGGCCUGAGUCAUGA